AUGCAGCACAGCCGGGGAAGGCGGGAAGCCAGCCUCGGCCUGCCUGCUGUGUUUGACUGCUCCACGCGCCUGGGCGUGCCCAAGCGCACCGCUGAGGUGGCGGCCCAGCUGGAUGCACAGGUUGCGGAGUGGGGCGGCGACAAGGCCAUCCACUCGGUGCUGGUGGCCAACAACGGGCUGGCAGCCACCAAGUUCAUGCGCAGCGUGCGCAGCUGGGCGUACAAGAACUUUGGCAACGAGCGGGCAGUCAACCUGAUUGCCAUGGCCACACCCGAGGACAUGCGGGCGGACGCGGAGCACAUCCGCAUGGCCGACCAGUUUGUGGAGGUGCCGGGGGGCAAGAACACCAACAACUAUGCCAACGUGCAGCUCAUCGCCGCCAUGGCCAUGCGCACGGGGGUGGAUGCGGUCUGGCCGGGCUGGGGCCACGCCUCUGAGAAGCCCGAGCUCCCCGAGGCCCUGGAUGCCACCCCCACCGGCAUUCGCUUCCUGGGCCCGCCCGCCGCUGCCAUGGCGGCCCUGGGCGACAAGAUCGGGUCCACCAUCCUGGCGCAGUCGGCGGGGGUGCCCACCAUCCCCUGGAGCGGCGACGGCGUCACGGUGGACUAUGCGGCGUGCGCCGGGGGCGUCAUCCCUGCCGACGUGUACGACCGCGCCUGCAUCCACAACCUGGGGGAGGCGCUGGAGUGCUGCAACCGCAUCGGAUACCCGGUCAUGCUCAAGGCGUCGUGGGGGGGCGGCGGCAAGGGCAUCCGCAAGGUGAUGAGCGACGACGAUGUGCGGCGCCUGUUCAAGCAGGUGCAGGGCGAGGUGCCUGGGUCGCCCAUCUUUGCCAUGAAGCUGGCCCCGCAGAGCCGCCACCUGGAGGUGCAGCUGCUGGCAGACAGGCACGGCAACGUCUGCUCCGUGUUCAGCCGUGACUGCUCGGUGCAGCGCCGGCACCAAAAGAUUGUGGAGGAGGGGCCAGUGGUGGCGGCGCCGCCAGAGGUGCUGGCCGACAUGGAGCGGUGCGCACGCGCCCUGGCGCGCAGCGUGGGCUACAUGGGGGCGGCCACCGUGGAGUUUCUGUACAUCAUGGACAGCCGGCAGUACUGCUUCCUGGAGCUCAACCCGCGGCUGCAGGUGGAGCACCCGGUCACCGAGUGGAUCUCCAACGUCAACAUCCCCGCCUGCCAGCUGCUGGUGGGCAUGGGCGUGCCCCUGCACGCCAUCCCAGACCUGCGCCGCAUGCUGGGCGCCGACCCGGCGGGGAGCGGGGCGCUGGACUGGGAGGGCGGCGCGCGCGUGGCGCCAGCGGGGCACGUGGUGGCGGUGCGCAUCACGGCAGAGAACGCCAAUGAUGGCUUCAAGCCCACCUGCGGUGGCAUCGACGAAAUCUCCUUCCGCUCCACGCCAGAGGUCUGGGGCUACUUCUCCGUCAAGGGCGGCGGCGCCAUCCACGAGUACUCGGACUCACAGUUUGGCCACCUGUUUGCCAAGGGGGAGACGCGGGAGGCGGCCAUACGCGCCAUGGUGGUGGCUCUCAAGGAAAUCAAGAUCAGGGGCGAGAUCCGCACCAUUGUGGACUAUGUGGUGGAGCUGGUGCAGAGCCCCGACUUUGUGGCCAACACGCACCACACGGGCUGGCUGGACGCACGCAUCUCGGCGCAGGUGCGCAGCGAGCGGCCCCCCUGGCACCUGUCUGUCAUCUGCGGUACCGUGCUGCGCGCGCUGGGCCACGUGUCGUCCCGCUCAGCAGAGUACCUCAGCUACCUGGAGAAGGGGCAGCUGCCGCCUGCACGCAUCUCCCUCACCACCCUGCGCGAGGAGUUUGUGGUGGACGGCGUCAAGUACGGGGUGAAGGCGGUGCGGCUGAGCCCCCAGACCCUGCGCCUGCACCUGGGCGCCACCUGGGUGGAUGUGGUGGUGCGCAAGCUCAACGACGGAGGCCUGCUGGUGCAGGUGGACGGCAGCAGCCACGUGGUGCACAGCGAGGAGGAGGCGCUGGGCACGCGCCUCACCAUCGACUCCAAGACCUGCCUGCUGUCAAACGAGCACGACCCAUCCAAGAUGCUGUCCAUCUCCACGGGCAAGCUGGUGCGCUACCUGGUGGAGGAUGGCGGGCACAUCGCCGCCGACGCGCCGUAUGCUGAGGUGGAGGUGAUGAAGAUGAUGAUGCCGCUGCUGGCGCCCGCGUCCGGCAAGGUGCACUUCCAGCUGCCCGAGGGCUCUGUGCUGACCCCCGGCCAGCUCAUCGCGCGCCUGGACCUGGACGACCCGGCCGCAGUGCGCAAGGCCGAGCCCUUCACCGGCUCCUUCCCCGAGCUGGGCCCCCCCGUGGUGGAGAACAAGGGGGUGGCGCACCGCUUCCGCGCCGCGCUGGAGGCCGCCGACAACAUCAUGGCUGGCUACCACAACUCGCCAGACGCGGUCAUGGACGGCCUGCUGUCCAGCCUGGACGACCCCGCCCUGGCCCUGGUGCAGUGGAACGAGGUGUACGGCGUGGUGCAGGACCGCCUGCCUGCCGCGGUUGCGGUGGAGCUGGAGGCAUGCGUGACGGAGUGUGCGUACGAGAUUGAUGAGGCGGCCAGCCAGGGGGGCCAGGCCCAGGGCGCCUUCCGCUCACACAAGCUGCUGGGCAUCAUGCAGCGCUGCCUGGAGGAGUCUCCCGACGGCGGCGAGCGCGCCAGCCUGGCGGCGCUGCUGGAGCCGCUGCAGGAGGUGUGCGGGGCGCAUGCGGGCGGCAAGGAGGAAUAUGCGCGGGCGCUGUGCGCUCGCCUGAUGGAGGCGUUCCUGGCGGUGGAGGAGCGGUUUGAGAAUGGGGGCAAGAGCACGGAGCAGGAGGUGAUAGACAGCCUGAGACAGGUGCACAGCGGCAAGCUGCAGGCUGUGCUGGACAUUGUGCUGAGCCACCAGGGGGCCGCCCUCAAGUGCGCCUUGCUGCAGCGCCUCAUGUCGGCGCUGGUGCUGCCCGCGCCGGAGCACUACCGCUCGCUUCUGCGCCGCCUGGCCGCGCUGGCAGAGCCCAGCAGCGCUGAGGUGGCGCAGCGUGCGCAGCAGCUGCUGGAGCACUCGCUGCUGGGGGAGCUGCGCAGCCUGGCGCCGUCGACCGCGGUGGCGCGCCGCAACACGGUGGUGGAGGGGCUGUACAGCGGGCUGGGCAACCUCACAGCCCAGGCCGCGCUGCAGUCCAGCGUGGAGGCCAAGAUGUCGAUGCUGGUGGAGGCGCCCGCCGCGGUGGAGGAUGCGCUGGCCUCCCUGCUGGACCACACCGACCUGCUGGUGCAGCGCCGCGCUCUGGCCACAUACGUGCGCCGCCUCUACUACCCCUUCCUGCUGCACGAGCCGGAGCUGGCGGCGGCGGAGGCGCCGCAGGCGCUGGUGGCAGUGUGGGCGUACGACGAUGCCGCCGUGGCCGCCACCCCCUUCAGCCGGGAGUGCCACGGCGGCGCGCUCAUUGUGCGCUGCCUGCACGACAUCCCCGCCGCGCUGGCCCACCUGGAGCGCGUGCGGGCGCAGACGGGCCUUUCUGGGCUGAGCGCGGGCACCCUGCAUGUGGUGCUGACUGGCGAGGGCGAGGCGGCGCUGGUGAUGAGCGAGGAGGCGCACGCCCUGCUGCGCCAGCAGAAUGUGGAUGCCUAUGCGCCUUCCGCCAGCCAGCAGUUCGAGCUGGACCCUGUGAUGGGCCUGGUGGAGCCGCCCAUGGCGGCGACCCUGGAGCUGCAGCGCCUGCGCGCCUUUGACCAGGUCUCCUACACCUCCUCCCGCAACCGCCAGUGGCACAUCUACACACUGAUGGAGCGCAAGAACCGGCACAGCCUGCCCCUCAAGAGGGUCUUCCUGCGGGGCGUGGUGCGCCAGCUGGGCAAGCCCAACCUGCUAGCUGCCACCUACAGCAGCAACGCCGCCGCUGCUGCCUCAGCGGCCAUGGAGGAGCUGGAGGAGGCGCUGCUGGGGAGCCUGCAAGAGCUGCAGCGCAUCGGCAGCGGCCGCGAGGACCAGCCCAUCAUCCUCACCGGCUACUCCGCGCUCAACAAGCUGCUGGGGAGGGAGGUGUACACCUCGCACAUGCAGCUGGGCGGCCCCAAGGUGAUGGGAGUCAACGGCGUGAGCCACCACAUCGUGGAGGACGACCUGGCGGGGGUGGCCUGCGUGCUGCGCUGGCUGGCAUACACGCCCGCGCGCACCGGGGAGCCGCCGGCGCCGCUGCCCACAGCCGACCCGGCGGGGCGUGCCGUGGACUACUGCCCCGCGGAAGGCGAGAAGCUGGACCCGCGUGCCGCCAUCGCCGGCCAGGAGCUGCGCAGCCCCGCGGGGCACGGCCCUGGGGAGGCCGCCUGGCAGAGCGGGCUGUUUGACCGGGGGAGCUGGAUGGAGUCCCAGGCGGGCUGGGCGCGCACGGCGGUGACGGGGCGGGCGCGGCUGGGCGGCGUGCCGGUGGGCGUGAUUGCGGUGGAGACCAACACGGUGAUGCUGUCCAUAGCCGCAGACCCAGGCAUGCCAGACUCGUCAGAACGAGUCAUCCCGCAGGCAGGCGCCGCCGCUGGGAGUGCUGCGGGCCAGGUGUGGUUCCCCGACUCCGCGCUCAAGACCGCGCAGGCGAUCGAGGAGUUUGGUCUGGAGGGCCUGCCGCUCUUCAUUCUGGCCAACUGGCGCGGGUUCUCGGGCGGCCAGCGGGACCUGUUUGAGGGGGUGCUGCAGGCCGGCUCCCUCAUCGUGGACAACCUGCGCACCUACGGGCAGCCAGUCAUGGUGUACCUGCCCCCCGGCUGCGAGCUGCGCGGCGGCGCCUGGGUGGUCAUCGACAGCCAGAUCAACGCAGACAUGGUGGAGAUGUAUGCAGACAACAGCGCGCAGGGCGCCGUGCUGGAGCCUCAGGGCGUGGUUGAGAUCAAGUUCCGCGCCCCCGAGCUGGUUGCCACCAUGCACCGCAUCGACCCGGUCAUCCUCAAGCUCAAGGCGGAAGGCAGCCCCGGGGCGGACGCCGCCAUCAAGGCGCGUGAGAGGGCGCUGCUGCCCGUCUACCACCAGGUGGCCAUUCAGUUUGCGCAGAUGCAUGACGGCCCUGUGCGCAUGCUUGCCAAGGGCAUGCUGCGGGGCAUCGUGCCCUGGCGCCAGGCCCGCGCAUUCUUCGUGGCGCGCCUGCGGCGGCGGCUGACUGAGGAGGCGCUGCUGAAGCACAUCGCGGCCGCCGACUCGGGAGUGAGUCGGCAGCAGGCGCUGGCCCUGCUGCGCGGCUGGUACCAGUCCACGUCGCACGGCACACCCGACUCCCCGGCACGCCGCACCCCCGGCGCCAGCGCCGACGGCAACGGCGCUGGCGCCGCCGACGGCGUCGAGCUGGCGGCCAUCGCACCCGCGGCAAACGGCGGCGCCGGCGCUGCAGCGGAGCGGGCGUGGCAGGACGACGGCGCCUUCAUGGCGUGGGCGCAGGGCGCCGGGGGCGCCGCCCGCAUCGCGAUGGAGCUGCGCCACCUGCGCACGCGGGCGGCGGCGCGCCUGGUGUCGGAGCUGGCGGGCACGGCAGAGGGCACCGAGGGCCUGGUGGCCGGGCUGCGCGAGGCGGUGCAGUCCAACUCCUCGCUGGUGCUGCAGCUGCGCAGCCUGGUGGCGCCCGGCAAGCAGUAG